UGGAGCGUAGUGAUGAAGAGAUGCUAAUUUUUUUAUCUAAUAAUCCUAACCUCUUAUGUGUUAAAAAUUAUUUCUGGUAUUUUCCAUUUUUAUCCUAAUAUAAGCAAAACAGUCCACAUAGUAUGUCUCUGGCUGGGAAAACUAUUUUCAUCACUGGAGCAAGUCGAGGAAUUGGCAAGGCAAUUGCGUUGCGCGUUGCCCGCGAUGGAGCCAAUGUGGUGAUUGCCGCAAAAACCGCCGAGCCGCAUCCUAAAUUGCUCGGCACCAUCUACUCUGCUGCAAAAGAAGUGGAAGAGGCGGGCGGCCAAGCAUUGCCCUGCGUGCUCGACCUGCGCGAUGACAAAAGCGCCGCACGGGCGGUCCAGGAGGCCGUGCAGCGCUUUGGAGGCAUCGAUGUUUUGGUCAAUAAUGCAGGUGCCAACGCCGUCACCUCGGUGCUUGACACGGUGAUGAAGAACUACGACCUGAUGCACAAGAUCAACGGCAGAGCAGUUUUCCUCAUGUCACAGCUUUGCAUUCCGCACCUUUUGAAGGGAAACAAUCCGCACAUCUUGAAUAUCAGUCCGCCGCUGAAUAUGUCGCCGCAUUGGUUCAAUAGGACCUUGUCGUACACGAUUUCAAAAUAUGGAAUGUCCAUGUGCACGCUUGGGAUGGCAGCGGAAUUUGAAAAGAAGAUCGCCGUGAAUUCUCUGUGGCCGAAGACUGGAAUUUGGACGGCUGGCCUGCAAAAAAUAACCAAUCGAGACAAGGACGAGUCUUUGGCCAAAUAUUCCAGGAAGCCUGAUAUUAUGGCUGAUGCAGCUCAUUCAGCCCUGACAAAGGACACUUCUUUCACUGGCAAUUUUCUAGUCGAUGAAGAUUUUUUGAGGUCUGAGGGUGUUCAAGAUUUUGACCACUACGCAAUUGAUCCAAAAAAUAAGGAUAACCUGAUGCCAGAUGGAUACUUGGAGGGGACAUCACCAAAAGAAUUUUACGAGUUUCUAAAGAAAAACCUGUGAUUUAACGAGUUACAUUUUUUAUUCACUCUCAAAAAUGCAAUUUUCGCCAUUUUAAUAGAAUCUUAUGAAAACGUAA